GUUCCAAAGGGCUUAUCAAAAUGCAAUCAUCGCUUGGCAUCGCAUCGUUCCACAUUAUUUCUUGAUUGAGCAAGGCUUCGUGGGAUGGGCAGCUACAGAGAUAUGUUGGUCACCUACACCACCUACACCAACCGAUCGGUCAGACCCUGCUUGCUGCCAUUCAAACAUAGCAUAUGUUACGGGCAACGUUGCAGACAACGAGAACAUGUGGUGGUGGAGCUCAGGCACCUAGCGCAUUGAAAUGAUAAGACGUUAUCGCUGGAAAGAUACUCUUGUCUACUAUCAGAUGUUUGAAACGUCUAACGGUAACAUUGUUCCCUGUGCUGGCACAGUCACCAUCGCUUAGUGUACUCUGAUACGUCGUGGCCGGUCGAGCGUGUGUUUUCGUGGGCAGCAAAGGCAAGCUAGCGGUGCUUGACAUUCCGCGUUCAAGAUGUUGAACACCUUUUCCGUACUCUCACCACACCUUAAGUUUAAGUAUAAGUUUGUGACGAUCGACAAUUUGGCGUUCAAGUUCCACUACCGGGCUACUUUCAUCAUGCUGCUGGUGUGUACACUGCUCGUCACAUCAAGACAGUACAUCGGGGAGCAUAUACGGUGCAUAACCGGUGGUUCCAUACCGGAACAUGUCAUCAAUACGUUUUGCUUCUUCACGACCACGUUCACCGUAAUUCGGCACUAUAAUGAAACGUUACUGCAGCAAGGCCAGCUGCCUCAUCCGGGCGUUGGACCGAUGUACACUGAAGAUACUACGAAGCGACAUGCGUACUACCAGUGGGUUCCCUUCAUUCUGUUCCUGCAGGCACUAACGUUCUACGCACCGCAUAAAAUAUGGCGGUCAUUCGAGGGUGGACGACUGAAAAACCUUGUCGAUGGCCUGCACAUGGCGCAUCUGAGCGAGCAUUACCGGGCACAGCGAGACAUUGCUUUCGGCACGCGGCAUACACUUUUAACACGCGAUAACGUCGAUGCGAAGCUGGACGUUGUGAAGCGAGAGUUCUUCAAGCAUGUACAGAUCCACGGGAACUGGGCGUGGAAAUUAUGCUGUUGCGAGAUGCUGAACCUGCUCAAUUGCCUCGUACAGAUGAUCUUCACGCACCUCUUUCUCGGUCGCCAAUUUUGGGAUCUGGGACCACGGUUUUUGGCAGAAGAUUUCGAGGGUACGAUGGACAUACUGGAUACCGUCUUCCCGAAGGUGACCAAGUGCCAUUUCUACAAGUACGGACCAACGGGAUCGAUCCAAAAGCACGACGCGCUAUGUGUAAUGGCACUCAACGUGAUUAACGAAAAGAUCUUUACCUGGCUCUGGUUCUGGUACGUGGUGCUGUUGACCAUCUCCGUUCUGGCGCUCGUAUGGCGUUUGAUUACGAUACUGCUCCACAACAGGUGGACCAAACUUACCGCGGUGAUCCUCUCGUUUGCUAGCCCCGGCCGGUUGAAUCCACAAGACGUGGAAUUCGUUACGUACAAUUUGGGUUUCUCGCAGUGGCUUUUCCUAUACUAUCUGGCCAAAAAUAUGGAUGGACACCUGUUUCGGAAGGUUUUGCGCAGCAUCAUUGAUGAGCUGCAGAAUCCUCCAGAACCGAGCCAACUGGGAAUCGAUACGGUCGAUUGUGGUUUCGAUGUAGAUGAUGAUCUACUCUCAAACCAAUCGUCGCUCAAGAAAGAUGGACGCUUCCGGUACGAAAGUGAACCGAAAAAGGCGUAGCUGUGGUGUGGCACGUGAUGCGUAAUUAAGAUUAUGAAAGUAUUUUAUUAUUA